UUUAACGAUUAUGAUUUACUUUCAACCACGACUAGAGCGAGAGUGGCAUUACCAUUCAUGAUCUUGAUUUGAUUGAUGAGGAUUCUUGUAUCGCAUUUUUUACUUGAGCUCCAAAACUACGAAGAAGGAAAUGACCGACGUCACUGAUCUUGCUCCCCGCCACCCAAAGCGGUUUGUCAACGAAGAUCCCUCCCGAGUGGUGAAAGACGCUUUAGAUGGUCUGGUCGCUGUCAACGCACGGACUCUGACGCGAUUUCAAUAUGUGGACGGGACCAAGGUUGUCCUCCGCAAAGACUGGAAGAAGGAGAAAGUGGCCGUAAUUUCCGGAGGCGGCGCCGGUCAUGAGCCGGCGCAUGCGGGAUUCGUGGGCAAAGGGCUUCUCACCGCAGCCGUGUCGGGAGAAGUCUUCGCUUCGCCUACUGUAAUAGAAGAUGAUGAAGAUACUUCAUCGAUGAGUCUACUCACAAAGUGGGAAGAUUUGUCCCGACAGUCUUGAUUGUUGUUUUCCAGUUCGACUGUGAUUUUGAUACUUACUUGAGAACCAGCACUAUCUCAUUUUGAUACUGAACAAGUACCACGAGAUGAUCAUGAGGUUGAGAUCAUCAACGAACAAUUUUGUCAGGUGGAUGCGGUUCUGGCAACUAUUGUCGCCGUUACUGGACCAAAAGGAUGUCUUCUGAUCGUGAAGAACUAUACGGGUGAUCGGCUCAAUUUCGGCCUCGCCGCUGAGCGUGCCAAGAGCGAGUACGGACUGCGCGUACGCAUGGUCAUAGUGGCGGACGAUAUAGCACUUGAAAGUCGCGGCGCGUCUGAUCCACAUAGACCAGCUGACGCGACAUCCGCCACAUCUGCCUCAAACCAGCAGGGCGGCGGAAAAUUUAGUCGCGCCCGCGGUAUUGCGGGUACGCUUCUGGUGCACAAAGUCGCGGGUGCAGCCGCCGAGGAUGGCGCAAUGCUCGACAACGUGUUCACAGAAGCUAGCCAAAUGGCGCUCGCGGUAAAAAGCAUGGGCGCGUCGCUCAGCACCUGCACGCAACCGUUUUCCGCUGAGGGUCGCUCGCUAGGAGACAACAAGAUGGAGCUCGGUUUAGGUAUACACGGCGAAGCAGGUGCACGCAAACAUGACGUGCAGCCUGUGAGCGAAGUUGUCAGCCACGUUCUAGACGAGAUUUUGCCCUUCGUGGAAGAUUGCCCAGAGGAGUCUUCAGAAGAAACCACGGAGUACACGACAGCAGCAAGCGAAUACAAUGUUACGGGGAGUUCCUUACCCGGCGGCGAAGAGGCAGGGGGCGCUUUGUCUUCCUCAAAUCCUGUAGCUGUUGGCGCCACCAGCAAGAAAAAUCUCAUAGUUUUGAUUAACAACCUCGGCUCAGUACCGAGUUUGGAGAUGCAAAUUGUCGCUUGUGAGGUUCUGAAGUGCCUGGGCAGGCGACCAGUGCAUGUCAUAGGGCCAUUUCUAGGCAUGACCUCGCUUGACAUGAACGGCUUUUCCAUAUCACUUGCUGCUGUGGACGCUUCCCUGCUAGGACGCCUCGAUGCCAGCUGCGGGUCACGCACUGCCUGGCCGGGCAUGGCUAGUGGCUCCUGCAUCUAUUAUGAUUUGCAAAUUCUAUACUCGUAUGAUGAAUACUUACUCUUACGCACUCGAACAACGCAAGAUAAGUGGGCCCGAAAUGAAAAAGUACUAGAAGAAAGCUUAGGCAGUAACAAAUCAGCUAAGUAAGUACUAUGUAUUUGUUGUAUGUUUAUGUCAUCGUCUAAGCCUACUUUCAAGAAACGGAUUUGCCAGCUGAGUUUGUGGCGAAAGAAAACGAGGCCGAGCAGGAUCUGACUACGGCGCCUGCUCUUCCUGCCGACCAGGCCGAGGCCGAUGCCGCUGCUGCGCGUUGUAAACUAGCCACCACAACGCUACAGAGUGCGUGCUCAGCGCUCAUUGCCGAAAAAGACACGUUGAACGAGAUGGAUUCCCUUGUAGGCGAUGGUGAUACGGGAACGCAAAUGGCCUUAGGUGGACAAGCGAUCCUCGACAGCCUUGCCGCAGGGACACUGAGGUACUACAUAGACAUAGAUUGUGCACCUAAGUACAAGAGCGACAUGGUGUUGGUCAUCGAGGAAUUGGUGUUUCAGUUCCUUGCAGUUCUAGCUUCUCGUCCCGACAUUUUCUUACUCAGGACGUCGUCGUAUCAGUCCUUAUGUGACAAUUUGAGUCGCAUUCUCCGGAGGAACAUGGGAGGCAGCUCCGGCAUUUUGUUGUCCAUGUUGUUCGCAUCGAUGGCGGGCGGUUUCAGAGAGCAGCCUGGUGAUAUUAUGGGCGCGCUCCAACGUGGCGUCAGAACAAUCAGUGAAGUUGGAGGUGCCGCGGUCGGCGAUAGAACAAUGCUGGAUGCGCUUAUACCUGCUUCAAAAGUCAAUGACUUUGAUGAGCUUUUUGUCGUUGCAAAGAAUGGAGCGGAAAGCACGAAAACUAUGCCCGUGGUACUUGACAUGGACAUCUUCACUCUAAUGUUUUUUCGUUUGCUCCAUUUCCAAUUCCAAUUUACUGCUCACACUAGAGUGCACUGAGAUAGCAAACCACUUUUCUGAUCAAUCCACCAUCUUGUUCUAAUGUAUCUUCAGGAUCAGCAGGGUUCUCAAAGACCUUUAUAUGUAAUCUUCUUUGAAUUGUGAUUUUGAAACACACAUAGGCGCGCGCAGGCAGGUCGCAGUACGUUCCAGAAGAGGAGCUAGCAGGGAAUAUGGACCCCGGAGCAUACGCUGUGUCUGUCGUCUUUCAAGCAAUCCAGGAGAGCAGACUUGUAGAGGGCUGAGCCUUCUUUUCUGUAUCUCCUUGAUGAUCGUGAAGAAGUAUAAGACAUUGUCUCAAGGAUUACCCAAAGCUGUAUAGCUUGUGCGAAUGUCUACCUUCUGACUUUUCCCGCUUUCUGCUAAGCAGUCCCAUAUAACAAAAUGAGAUACUCAACACGCACUGGCGAUUGCAGCGGAGACUUGGGACAAAAUAGCACAGGUAGAUGAUCGAUGAGGAUGACUAUGCAGUGCGAGUGAUUACAAUUGAGGAGGAAGGAAC